AUGGCCCCAUACAGGAAUGACAUGAAUAGCGUCCUGCAACAAAUUGUGACUUCCUCGUCAGAUGCAGACACACUGGAACAGCUCAUUCCCUACAUCAAGGACUAUAGCUAUGGCAAUAAAACCUCACACCUACUUGGGCAGCUGUCGGAUCUAGCAGCAGCCCGAGAGGCAGAGAUCGAGAGGCAAUGUAACACGAACCACCAAGAAUUCGUGAAAUCUGUUCAGCAAUUGCUCCGCAUUCGUGAAGGAACGGUAACUUUGACAAAUGAAAUUCUGCAACUCAACCAGUCUAUCCAAGCAAGCACCGAGACAUUAGUCGAGCAGAAAAAGGCAUUGGUAGAAUCUCGAGGUGUUAGGCAGAAUAUUGACGAGGCAAGUCAUGCCUUACAAGAUUGUUUAGAGGUCCUUCGGUUGGCAAACCAGGUUCAGGAACUACGUGACCAGAAGAAACACUACGCGGCAUUGCGAGCUCUAGAUGAACUUCAAAGCGUCCAUCUACAAAGCGUGACACAGUAUCAAUUGAGCGACAUCAUUCAGUCUUCUGUGCCCGCUACCCAGAAGUCAAUUGCCGAAGCCGUCAUGGCCGACCUGAAUACCUGGCUUUUUCGAGUUCGCGAGAUGUCUCAGUAUUUAGGAGAGCUGUCGUUCUAUCAUACAGACCUGCGCCAAAAGAGGCACAAGGAGAGAGCUGAGAAAAACCAGUACUUGGCUAACUUCAGAUUGAACUCAGCCAUUGAACUUGUGGCGGAUGAGCGCGAAGAGCUGAAUUUGCUGAAAAGUGAGGAUCUCGAGGUUGAUUUCACACCGCUUUUUGAGGCUUUGCAUAUCUACAGAUCUCUGGGCCAAAUGGACAAGUUCAAAGAAGAUUAUAGCGCCAGUCGCAAAGCACAACGAGACUUAUUGCUGCAAAAUUCAAUAUCCCUUGUCGAUGAAGAAAUGGGUGACCUGCAUUCAUUACUGGAAGAUAUCGCUGGAUUUGCAAUCAUGGAACGGGCUACGAUGAAGAAAGUCCCUGACCUUCGAUCCACCACAGACGUCGAAGAAAUUUGGGACUCACUUUGCCAAAAAGCAAUCAGUCUGAUGUCCAAAGCGUUAGGUGCGGUCGACAACGCCGAGCAUCUGUUAAAGAUCAAAAACCUCAUCUCGCUGUUUAUUCAGACCAUGAAUUCCUUCAACUUCAACACGAGCGCCAUUUCCAAAUUCGUCCUGAUCUUGUUCGACAGCUAUGCCAAACUCCUCGAGCAACGAUUCAGUGAAGACUUCGUCGAGAUCGUAUCGACCGACGACUACAUGCCAAUGCCCAUACAAAACGCUGAAGAAUUCGAGAAGGUCGUCAAUGUGUCAUGGUACACACCCGACCGACCAGUCCAGGAGAUGACCUUCCCCACAGUUUUCCCAUUCUCACAGAUGUACCCUCUGUGCUGCAUCGACAUCCGCAAUUUUCUCAACCAAUUCUACUUCUUUCACUCACAGGACGAUGCUCCGGGACCACUAACCUCCAAGAUUGACGCUCAGCUCUUGGCAUCUCUGGACGACCUGCUCACGACCAAAGUGUGCGCAAGCCUGGUCUCAAAGCUGUCGUCUCAGUACCUGGGGCAGAUUGUGCAGAUCCUCAUCAAUCUAUCCCAUUUCACGACCGCAUGCCACGAACUCGAAUCUCUCCUCUCCACCGCCCGUGCCUCCUCACUGAGCCCCGGCCCAGCCGUAUCGCUGCGUGCCACAUCCCAGUUCUUCACCCAUCAGAAGACGGCCGAGAAUCGGAUAUUCGAACUCGUCAACAGCAAGGUAUCCGACCUGAUCGAGACGGCCGAGUACGACUGGCUGAGCCGGAUCCCACCGUCCGAACCCUCCAACUACAUCCUCACCUUGACGCGAUAUCUCAGCAACAUCAUCAACUCCGUCCUACUCUCGCUCCCGUCCUCUCUCAAAGACCUCAUGCUCUUCAACGCCAUCUCAUACACCGCGUCCUCGAUCCUCUCCCUCCCGCUCAACCCCUCCAUCGAGCGCAUCACCACAACGUCCAUCUCACAGCUCUCCAUGGACAUCUCCCACUUCCGCUCCUACGUCGAGACACUCCCCAACAACUCGAUCCUACUGGAGUCGCUGGACGAACUGGUGCAAACCGUGGCGCUCAUGUCGACCGACCAGCCCGACGAGUUCUACGACAUCUCUCUGCGCAACAAGAAAUACCGCAACGUCGACCCGCUGAAGGGCCCGCAGCUGCUGGAGAAAGUCGUGCACGUCGACGUGCGCAGCCCGACCACCAUCAGCGAUCGCGGCAGUAGUGGAGGGACGCAGAGUCCCGGACUCGGCCAUCACGGCAGCACCGGGAGUAGAGCUCCGGGGAAUACUUUUGCCGCGCUGCAGAACCGCUUCAUGCACAGUGGGAGAUGA